AUGAAAAUUUUCCGAGUUUUUGCCGCUUUUGCUCUUGCUGAUGCUGCUGCUAUGGGAGGCGCCAUGGAUCCUAACCCAGAGCCGGGAGCAGUUACCUUGGAGCCGACUGAGCCGCCAACUAUGCCACUCACUUCAACUCCAGCUCCAACCACCACUACAACUCCUACUACCACAACCACAACCACCACCACUACUCCAACAACAACAACCACUACCACUCCAACUACUACGACCACGACUACUCCAACAACUACAACCACUACUCCAACCACUACCACCACUACCACAACGACUACAACCACUACAACAACAACACGGGCUCCAACCACGACCCAAGCGCCAUCAUCUGGUGCUGGCACGAUUGAAAUGACUCUUCCUCUGAUCGCCGUCGCCGCUUUCCUCCGCGUCUAA